UUUUCCAGCUACUCAGUUGGUCUAAUAAAAGAUAGCAAACCUUGCCUGGCUGUAUCCUAGCUUAGACCAACAUGGCUACAACCAAAAACCCAGCAGAAGGAAGGGAUUAACAUGCAAGCGAGUUUGUUGCGUUGCUGCCUUCCUCACCCAGUGUCAUCACCCUGAAGCAGCCCGCACCGGAAGAGGAUGUGAUUAACCUGAGUCAUGUGCUGUAGGAAUCAGCUUCUUCCUGUUUUCAUUUUGUCCUGUCUUUGUCUGAUCUAGGAGGAGGGAUGCAAAUUGCCCUGUGAUGGAGCUUGUUUUAGAGGAAUGGUUGGAAAUCCCUAUCAAUCCUUCUCCCCCCUAUCCCUAGAAGGGCUGUCAGCUGUGCCUACAUUCGGUAGAUCACUCCCCUUCAGACACCCAAGGACUCUAAUGGGAGGCAUAUCUGCUCAGCACACCUGGCUCUGCUUUCUUCCUCUCCCCUGCCAGGAGCUCCACCCCUCCCUGCUUCCCCCCCUUCCUCUCAGGCAAGGCUCUUUCUGUCCUACAAGCCUUGUUCCUCACUGAGCAGCCUGAGCGGUCCCACGCUGUCCACUGGUGCCACCUCAGCACUGAGUCCGCUAGGUCUGGGGGCAGAGGUCCCGCUCCCUAGUGCAGAGGUGGUACAGGCCAGCUGCCCAGAUGAGUCAUUCUCUGCAAUGGAAAAGGGCAGGCUGGCCUCAGCACUGUCUGUAGGCCGAGGAGGCCAGUUCUGGAGACGUUGAUGUUUUUGGUUCAAUCCCUGGCAUAAAGGUUUAUUUAUUAAAUGUCCCAUAUUGUCUGAUAUCUGCUGAACUCUCUUAAUCCCCCUUGGCUGUACCUACUUGGCUGGGAGCCUCAUCCCACCUGCUCACCUAUCCCAAGCAUCUCCCAGGGUCUAAUUCCUCUUUGUUCCCGGGAGGAAAUUAAACACCUAGAAGCUGGGAGAGACCUGCCGCUCUGCCCUGCAGGGGUGUGGUGACACCCAAGCACACAGUAACUGCCCUGGAAUCUCUCCAAGGACAGCAGCCAGCAGGAGCGGACACCUCCCUCCUGGGGAAUGCACCUGCCUUGAGAGGGUCGGACUUUCCACAGCUUAUCAGGAGCGACAGCCAGCCUGGGACAGCCCAAGGAAGAAGGCGAGCAAGCAGCUGUACCUGUUGCUUGGCAGGUGGAUGUUGUGGGAAGGGAAGAGGCUGGGUCUUACCCUGGGGCCUUCUCCCAGGAGCUGCUCUUUCACCAAUCCUGGAAGCAGAGUGUGGGAAGAACACUGCCAGCUGAGAACCACAGCAGGGGAGGAGAGCUGUGUGCCGUCCCUGGUGCCGCCCUCCGCAGCUGUAGGUGAUUUAACCCAGCAGGGCAGGGCCUGAGACACAGCCCCCCUCCCCUCCGCCAGCUGUCUGGAGGAGCCUCAGGCUGCUGUACUGGCGACGGGGCUAGGUGCCACGAUCCAGCCAGGAUUCCUGGCAGGCAGACAGCAGCUCCCAGGGCUGUCCCUGGCACUGCGGCUGUGACGUUCCAGAUCCGGGGGCACCACAGCAGGAGCCUGAGAGCCACCUGCACCUGAGGACAUGCUGCAGCCCUCACCACUGCCACCACUGUCACCGUGAUCCCUGCCACGCAUUCUGCUCCCAGAGCUUGCCAUGCCAGAGCUGGAGCAGCUCAGUGCCCCCAGGGCCCCCGUGGAUGCUGGCCACAUCCAGAGGAAUCUCCUGGAGGAGCACGUGGAGCUGUGGUGGUUCCAGGACCCAAAGCGGUCGAUCCUGUGCUAUGGUGUGGCUGUGGUGUUGAUCCUGGCCUGUGGUGCCGGGGGCAUCGUGCUACUCUACAGCACCAGCAGCCGGUCUGGGGAGUGGCGGCUGGCGGUGGGCACCACACUCUGCCUCCUGGCUCUGCUGGUGCUACUGAAGCAGCUGCUGAGCUCUGCCAUCCAGGACAUGAACUGCAUCCGCAGCCGCGACCAGAUCGAGCUGCUCAAGAGCGGUGGCUUCUCAGACUGCAUCAUGCUGCUGCUCAGUGCCCUGGUGCUGCUGGUGUGCGGCGUGGUGCUCACCAUCCUCUCCACCACCACCAUGCAGCUCAGCCCUGCCCGGCCCCUGGCCAGCAUGUUCACUAGCGGCGUUGUGCUAGUGGCCACGGGGGCAGCCAUCCUGUUUUGCCUGCUGCUCUACCUCCUCUGGAUGUCCUGCUGCCCCCCCGUGCCCCAUGACCUGGACUCCAGAGACAUCAGCGUCUUCACCAUCUCGGGGCAGCUUGCCACUAACCGGCGCCUACCUGCCACCUCCAGCAUGGCCAACCUCAUCUGACCCUGGCCCCGGCCAUCCCUUCCCACACAGCUAACCUCCUUUGACCUUGGGGCCCCGUCUCACGUGGCUGAGUGGGUCAUGCCUGCAGGGUCGGGGGGGGGGGGGGG